AUGGGUGAAGAAGAGAAAUCAGGAGACCAAGGAAAAAGAGGGGAAGAAGUUGAUGCUGGUGCUCUCUUCGUCCUUAAAUCUAAAGGGACAUGGUGGCACUGCGGAUUCCACUUGACAACGUCGAUAGUGGCGCCGGCACUACUGAGUCUACCGUACGCAUUCAAGUUCUUAGGAUGGGCAGCCGGAAUAUCAUGUUUGGUGGGAGGAGCAGCCGUGACUUUCUACUCGUACACACUUCUCUCUCUUACCCUACAACACCACGCUUCACACGGCCACCGCUACCUUCGUUUCCGAGACAUGGCACAUCACAUCCUCGGGCCGAAAUGGGGGAGGUUCUACGUGGGGCCAAUACAAAUGGCGGUGUGUUAUGGUGUUGUUAUUGCCAACGCGCUCUUGGGAGGCCAAUGCCUUAAGGCAAUGUAUUUGGCAAUGGAUCCAAAUGGUGAAAUGAAACUCUAUGCGUUUGUGAUGCUUUUUGGAGCGUUACUCUUGGUUUUGGCACAAAUCCCAUCUUUUCACUCUCUGCGACACAUCAACUUCUUCUCUCUGCUCCUAUGCCUUCUCUAUAGUGCUUCUUCCGUUGCUGCCUCCAUCUUCAUUGGAACUACAUCAAAUGGACCAGAGAAGGAUUAUACAAUAGUUGGUGACAAGGAAACAAAAGUGUUUGGAGUCUUUAAUGCUAUGGCUAUUAUUGCCACUACGUACGGCAAUGGAAUUAUACCCGAAAUUCAGGCAACAUUGGCUGCUCCUGUAAAAGGAAAAAUGGUGAAAGGAUUGUGUAUGUGUUACACUGUAGUGAUAAUGACAUUCUUCACUGUAGCCAUCACAGGGUAUUGGGCAUUUGGUAAUAAAGCCAAUGGACUUAUCUUCACUAAUUUCUUAAACCCUGAGACAAACCAUUACUUAGUUCCAACAUGGUUUAUUUUCCUCAUCAAUCUCUUCACCGUCCUUCAACUUUCGGCCGUUGCUGUGGUGUACCUACAACCUAUAAACGACAUUUUGGAAAGUUUAUUCAGCGACCCAACAAAGAAAGAAUUCUCUAUCCGCAAUGUCGUCCCUCGGCUAGCCGCACGUUCCUUCUUCGUCGUGUUGGCUACAGUCUUUGCGGCGAUGCUUCCAUUUUUUGGAGAUAUUAACUCAUUGUUAGGUGCCUUCGGUUUUAUGCCUCUAGACUUUGUUCUACCUGUUGUCUUCUUCAACCUGACGUUCAAGCCAUCUAAAAAAAGUUUCAUAUUUUGGAUCAACACUAUGAUCGCCGUGGUUUUUUCUAGUUUAGGUGUGAUUGCUAUGGUCGCGGCGGUUAGAGAGAUUGUGCUCGAUGCCAAUACGUAUAAGCUGUUUGCGGAUGUAUAA